GAGCUUGCCGUGACUAGCCGUCCUCGCGCCCCUCCAGCUACGGGCGAGGGGGGCUCGCUCUGCCGGUGCUGGCUGUGGCUAGCGCGAGCUAGCUUGUGAUGUUACCACGCUGAGAUAGCAGCCAAUAUUUCCACCGCCUGUUCCGGCGCGGUUAUACAGCCAGUGUAUCCACUGACUGUGCGCGUCUAUGAAAGACAAUGCACUGUUCACAUGUGAAAUUGUGUUCGUUUUCAAAUGACGAUGUUUCUUUUGAAUAUCGCGACAGUGUCAUGUUUUAUUGCAAGACGCUGAGCGCAGGGAUUUUCCUUCCGCGCUUGUUUUGUGCACGGGAGCUUUUGGCCGACUCUCACGAGCGAUACAUAUUGGAACGUGGAGGGUCGUGUCGGCGCGUGCAAUGUGCGAGUCGCGUGUAGUAAGAUUGCCAUUUUGAUAAGUCGGCGUGCCCGGAGUGUUUGCUUUGGUGUUCUGUGGUCUGGCAACUCACACACAUUAUCAGAGCUGCUCAAACCUGCUGCUUCAUCGCUCUAGGAAGACCGCCAGACCAGACGGCAGAGUGUUUUUAAAACCUGCUCUCGGGGCAUGACUACUGCAAACAAGGGAAAUAAAGCCCUGAAGGUGAAGCGGGAGCCCGGGGAGAAUGGCACCACGCUGACGGACGACGAGCUGGUGAGCAUGUCGGUGCGGGAGCUGAACCAGCACCUCCGCGGCCUCACCAAGGAGGAGAUCCUGCAGCUGAAGCAGCGGCGCCGCACCCUCAAGAACCGCGGCUACGCGGCGUCCUGCCGCGUGAAGCGCGUCACCCAGAAGGAGGAGCUGGAGCGGCAGAAGGCGCUGCUGCAGCAGGAAGUGGACAAGCUGGCCUCGGAGAACGCCAGCAUGCGCGCCGAGCUGGAGGCGCUGCGCUCCAAGUACGAGGCGCUGCAGAGCUUCGCCAGGACUGUGGCGCGGAGCCCCGUGACGCAGCCGGGGCCCCGGGGCCCCAUGUCGACCGUCAUCAGCGGGAAGGUGGGGGCCACCAGCGUCAUCACCAUCAUCAAGUCCAAGGCGGAGGCCAGGUCGUAGUAU